AAGACCCUCUAAUGCUACAGGCGGUGCAUCGGCAGGGUUAUGUGGUCAUAUAGGGGCCGGAGAUCAAGAGAGUGUGCUGUCCAUUGUCCCAGUUCAGGUUAAGGCAGCAAAGGGCAGCCAAAUCUUACAGGUGUAUGCUCUCCUGGACCCUGGAUCCUCUGCCACCUUCUGCUCCGAGGAUCUUAUGUUUCGGCUCAAUCUGAAAGGUAGAAAAGCACACAUUCUUCUACGCACAAUGAAUCAAGAAAAAACUGUUCCAACCCAUGUUGUAUCUGAAGUAGAAGUUUCAGCACUAGACAGCAAUAACUUCUUACCUCUUCCUGAUCUCUUCACUCAAAAAGAAAUGCCAGUUACCACAAACAGCAUUCCCAAGCAGAAAGACUUAGCACAAUGGAAGUAUCUAAGUCGAGUCAAACUUCCCAGCAUUAAUUCAAAGGUGGAGCUGUUGAUUGGCACGAAUGCUCCAAAGUGCUUAGAACCAUGGGAGGUUGUUAAUAGUCAAAAUGGGGGCCCCUACGCAGUUAGAACCUUAUUGGGGUGGGUUGUAAACGGGCCACUGAGAAGUGCUGAGGGCAGUGCAGAGAGUGUGACUGUGAAUAGGAUAUCAGUUGCACGUCUAGAACAGCUUCUGAUCUCACAGUAUAAUCAGGAUUUUAGUGAGGUAGUAUCGGAGGAGAAGACUGAAAUGUCAGUUGAGGACAGAAGGUUUUUAGAGAUAGCUAAUGAGGCGGUCUUACAAGAUGGACAUUACUAUCUGAAGUUGCCCUUUAGGAAAACUGAUAUCAGCAUGCCUAACAAUCGCCAAGUUGCUGAACAGCGCCUCCAAACUCUGAAAAGGAAAAUGAAAAAAGAUGAACAAUACAAACAAGAAUAUAUUGCCUUUAUCAAUGACAUCUUUGAAAAUCAUUAUGCAGAGGAGGUCCCAGAGGAAGAACUCACACAGGCACCUGGGAAGGUAUGGUACAUACCACACCAUGGAGUGUACCACCCCAAAAAGAAGAAACUUAGAGUGGUGUUUGAUUGUGCAGCUACUUACAAAGGUGUAUCCCUCAACACAGAGCUACUACAGGGUCCUGAUCUGACCAAUUCUCUUGUCGGAGUCAUUUGGAGAUUCCGCAAAGAACCUAUAGGAAUUAUGGCUGACAUUAAGUCAAUGUUCCAUCAGGUGGGAGUAGAGAAAUCAGGUGUGGACUACUUGCGCUUCCUGUGGUGGCCACAGGGUGACACCAGUCAAACCCCAAAGGAAUACCAUAUGCUUGUGCACAUAUUCGGCGCAGUGUCCUCCCCAAGUUGUGCAAGUUUUGCAUUACAAAAAACUGCUGAUGACAAGGAAAGCUGUUUUCCCCUGCACGUAGCUGAAACAAUCAGGCACAACUUUUAUGUGGAUGAUUGUGCUAAAUCCAUGGCUGAAGAGUCUGAAGCCAUCCAGCUAGUAAAAGACCUCACCACACUAUGCUACAAAGGUGGAUUCCAGCUCACUCAAUGGGUCAGCAAUAAUCGGGCAGUUCUAGCAUCCAUUCCAAAAGAAAAAUGGGCAAAAGAAAUCAAGACACUAGAUCUUGACAAAGACAGCCUGCCAAUCGAAAGAGCCCUAGGACUGCAGUGGUGCGUGGACUCUGACCAUUUCCAGUUUAACAUCAAUUUAAGCCAGAGGCCACAUACCCGCAGAGGCAUACUUUCUGUUGUAAGUUCCAUUUUUGAUCCCCUCGGAUUUCUUGCUCCUCUCAUUCUCCCAGCCAAGCAGUUGCUACAAGAGCUCUGCAAGAGAGGCUUUGGAUGGGACGAACCUUUGCCCCAAGCUGUAGUAGACAGGUGGGAAGAAUGGACAAACAAUUUAGAAAGAAUAAAAGGCUUCAGUGUUGCACGUUGUUUGAAACCAAAAGGCUAUGGGACAACAAAGUGUGCAGAACUACACCACUUUGCUGACGCCAGUGAGAAUGGCUAUGGCUCAGCAAGCUACAUAAGACAAGCUAAUGAACAGGACAUUAUACAUGUCACCUUUCUCAUGGGAAAGUCCAGAGUCCUUCCUUUAAAGAGCAUCACAGUACCACGUCUGGAGUUGGCCGCUGCAGCAUUGUUGGUAAAGGUGGACAAAAUGCUAAGGAGAGAACUACAUCUACCCUUAAAGCCUUCCGUUUUCUGGACUGACAGCCAAACCGUACUUAAGUACAUUAGAAGUGACACUGCAAGAUUUAAAACGUAUGUAGCAAACAGGGUCUCGCUGAUUCGGGAUAACUCGGAGCUGUCCCAAUGGAGAUACGUAAGAAGUAAAGACAAUCCAGCUGAUGAUUCCUCGAGAGGAUUGAGUGCAGGCAAAUUCAUGGAGCAAAGGAGGUGGAUGCAUGGCCCAGAGUUCCUAUGGAAACCUGAGGAAGGUUGGUUAGAGGUGAAGGCAUUGGGCUCAGUGUUACAGGAUGAUCCAGAGGUUAGGAGAAACACUACUGUGUUUACAACAGUGGUGAACACUGAAUCACCCACAGACCAGCUUAUUUCAUACUUUUCAAAUUGGAUUAGGCUACUUAAAGCAGUGGCAUGGUACAUCAAACUAAAAAAGGCCUUGAGACUGAGAAUCAAAAAACAAAAGGGCUCUCCAUCAUAUCGAGUCGUUACCCGCUCCCACAGCCAAAGGGCGAGCCCAAAAUUGGAGGUUUCUAGGACCAAACCUGGUGGACAACUCCUCACAGUGGAAGAUCUCUUAGAGGCAGAAAGGUCAGUAAUCUUUUAUGUUCAGAGGCAAGCAUUCCCAGCUGAAAUUUCAACACUGCAAAUGACCCCACCUAAAGUGAAAAGGAGCAGCAGGAUCUGUAGGCUUGAUCCUGUGCUAGAUGAAGGCAUCUUAAGAAUAGGUGGCCGGAUGCAUAAAUCUGCCAUGCCUGAUGAAACCAAACACCCCUGUAUCUUGCCCAAAGAUUCACACAUUUCAAUUCUUCUUUUAAGACACAUUCAUGAACGCUGUGGUCACAGUGGCAGGAACCACAUGCUCUCAGAGCUCCGUAAAAAAUAUUGGAUUAAUAAGGCCAACUCUUUAGCAAGAAAGGUGCUCUCAAGAUGUGUCAUGUGUCGACGUUUGAAGGGCAAAGCCGGUGAGCAGAAAAUGGCAGAUUUGCCGGUAGAAAGAAUCCUACCUGACCUCCCUCCCUUUACCAAUGUCGGAUUGGACUACUUUGGCCCGAUUGAAGUGAAGCGAGGAAGAAGCACCAUUAAAAGGUAUGGAGUUCUGUUUACAUGUAUGUCCAGCAGAGCUGUUCAUUUGGAAGUAGCUUUCUCCUUAGACACUGACUCAUGCAUUCACGCUUUGAGGAGAUUUGUUUGCAGAAGGGGGCAGGUUAAGCACAUCAGAUCUGACAACGGAACAAACCUGGUGGGUGCUCAGGUGGAGCUCAAAAAAGCUCUGAUGAUGCUGGACAAGUCAAAGAUCCAGGAUGCCCUGCUUCCUGAUGGAAUCGAAUGGAGUUUCAACCCACCAGCAGCAUCGCACCAUGGCGGAGUCUGGGAAAGGCUUAUUAGAUCUGUUCGUUACGUGCUGAACUCCACACUCCAUCAACAGUCAAUCGAUGAUGAGGGUCUUCAAACUCUGUUUUGUGAGGUAGAGGCUAUUCUAAACAACCGUCCUCUCUCCACAGUGUCCUCAGACCCAUACGACCUGGAACCGCUGACCCCAAACCACAUCCUCCUCCUAAAAACCCAGCCCAUUAUGCCUCCUGGAAUCUUCCUGAAUUCAGACCUUUAUGCUAGACGCCACUGGAAACAGGUUCAGUACAUGGCAGAUCUUUUCUGGCAUAGAUGGACCAAAUAAUACCUUCUUCUACUCCAGGAAAGGCAAAAAUGGACUGUAGUGAAGAAGAAUCUGAAUGUUGGAGAUCUGGUUCUAGUGGUUGACCCCACUGCUCCUAGAGGAUCAUGGCCAUUAGGAAGAGUUCUAGAGACCAAGCCUGAUCGAAAGGGGCUAGUCCGAUCCGUGAAGCUCCAGACACAGACUUCAAUACUUGAUAGGCCCAUUACCAAGCUGUGCCGAAUUCUGGAGACUGAAGAAUGUCCGGCGCCUCCUAAAGAUCACCAAUAAGGGAUGUAAUGUAUACAUAUAUACUUAUUUUUCUAAAACAUUUAAGAGAUUAUUGAUUUCUGGCUCCUUUUUUUUUUUAUUUAUUUUAAAUAAUUGAUUCUAUAGAGAACAAUUAGGGGCCGGUGUGUAGGAGCCGCAUUUGAGUUUAUUUUAUUUUAUUUUUUUUUUUGGUUUCAUAAUUUACUUAUAGUUGUCUUUUCUGUUGCAUUUAAGUAGUAUAUCUUCCACAGCCAGGAGAGGGCACUAUCAUAUAAAUUGGAGCGUUCAGAGCGUGACGGGGAGAAGGCGUGCCAGCAGAUACAGUCUUUGACCUCGGCCUGGAUCUGUGUUGCAGGAGCUUUUGCUUAUAGGAGAAAGCUAAACUCCAAGCUCUACAAAGGAAUAUUUAAAGUCAUUUAAAUUAGUUCACAUUUUUUGUUUUGUACUUUGUUUAUGUGCAAUAAAUAUCAACAAACAUUC